AGCUUCGCCUUCCGUCCACACCACAACACACCUAACCGAUUGUCGACUUUCCUUCGAUUCAAACAACAAUACGACAAAAUGGUGCUCCAAGACGUCAACGACAAUGCUCCAGACAGCUUUACCGAUAACCCAUCCCCCUCCGAAAACGACCCGUACGCAUCUACAUCUCCGUCCUCUGGCUACCGCUUCGAUUCGAGCUCUCUCCCACAGCCAUUGCCUAUAAUAGGGCCUCUAAUCGGAUUCUCCGACCGCGCCGUCCGCUUCAAGACCGAAACCACUAUCAAAUUCGCAGAGCGCAAAGUGGGCCGAUACCUCAACCCCGAGGAAUCGCAAGCCCUCGCCGCCCACAUCUACCAACUCGAGCAGACAAAGAGCUAUUUUGCAGCCACAGGCGCUGCUGCCGGAGCAUAUCGAUGGUACACCACCAUGGAUAAAUUUAGAUAUCCGUUCUACCAGCCCAAGUUGGAGGAAAUCAACCCGAAUCGCUUUGGCUUCGUGAAGGGUCCCAUGGCAAAUUAUGCAAGACACUCUUGGCGCUUCUCUUUGUAUGUGGUGGUUGCGGGACAAAUGGGGAAUAUAAUCGGCCAGAUGCUCGCGCAACCGCUUGCUGCGCAGAGAACGAGCCAGGACCCGAAAUUGGAGCAGUUUGGCAACGAGUUGAAAGUUGCGGUGGGCUCCGAGCAGAAGAAAAACGUGGAACAAGGGCGGCAGAUUGAGGAUCGAAGGAAGGAGUUCCAGGAACGCUUGCAGAGGGAGAAGAAGGGUGGUAUUGCGCCGCCACCACCACGCAGAGCACAGAGUGGGGACGACGAUAUGAGUCCCACUGCUGGGAACGAGGCGUGGGGCUCUGCAGCGAGUUCUCAGGGGAGUUGGGGGGAUGGCGGAUUCGCGUCUGACGACUCGCAGCCAAAGUCGCAGCAACAGCAAAACCCAGCCUACACCAACCCUCGAACACGCCGCCCUCCACCUCAGUCCUCCUCGCCGUUUGAUGACGAUGACGCGUCGCCUACUGGUGGCAUGUUCCAAGAUGAAGUUGCGACUAACGCUAAAGUCCAAUCACAACCGCUGGCAAGACCUGGUGAGUCGACAUGGGAGGCUCUUCGCCGCGGUGCGCGACCGGCGUCUGUAUAUAUGCCAGCGCCACGGGCGGGCGGCAUGGAUGGGCGACGAGCCGAACCGGAGCGUAGAGAGCAGAGGGAAGAAUCUACUCUGGGUGAUUCUUUCACAUUUGUUGAGGGCGACGAGGAGAGAAAGAGGGAGCGGGAGCGGGCGCAGAGGGAAUUCGACGAGAGGAUUGAGAGGGAGCGACAGGGGCGGGAUUUUGAGAGCGAGGAGAGAAAGAAGUGGUGAAAAGUAUCUGGGGAUGUAUUGUAGUGGUUUGUAUAUACAAUAUUCUGA